AUGUCGACAGCCGGGCGAAUCAACAAGUCCGGCCAGCGCUUCGUCCCGAAGCGCAAGAACCCGCCGCCCCCUUCAGGCAGGUCAGCGAGGGAGAGCUCUGUCGCGUCGUCGACGGCUGGACCGACACCCAAGACGACCAAUGCACCCCUCCCGCCGCUCGACGAGGAUGCGGACGAGGCGCGCAUUGCGCGAAAUGCGGCGAGUAGUUCGGCGGGUGUUGUGAGCGGAGCGAGUGCGGCAAAGGCUGGUCCGAGUGGAUUGCAGGGACGAGCUGCAGCGUCUUUCGCGCCGACGGACCCUACACAAUCGACCGCCGCUUCGUCCCAGCCCUCCCAGUUCUCCUUCGGUUUCACCCCUCGCGAUCCCUCUUCCUCCGCCUUCACAGCUACACAAGCGACCUCCGUCUUCCCCUCCCAGUCCCAGCCCUCUUCUCCGCCGAAAUCGCCCACCCGCAUCCGCCCAACCGAGCUAACCGGCGACGCAUCCUCCUCUCCCUCGCGCGGAAUCGCCUUCGGCCCUCCCUCCGAACCGCCGGUCGAUACCUCCCCCUCACGCCAGCAGACUUCUCCUGUGCGGCAGACGUCUCCUCAGCACACCACGCCUGUAGCGGGACCGUCGAAGCGUCUCCCGCCUCCGACGGAGGCGGCGGCUGAGGCGGGUCCGAGUAGCCCGAAGAGGCCGCGGACGGCGCAGAAGGAUGUUCAGGUGGAGCCUGCUGCCGAAGCAGCCGCGGAAGCGGAGCAGGGCGAAGCUGAAGUUGCGCAGGAGAAGGGAAAGGGAAAGAAGGGUCGUGUGCCGGCAAAGGCGAAGGCUGCGCUUGCCAAGGGUAAGGGGAAGGGAAAGAAGGCUGCGCCUGAGCCAGAUGCGGGAGAGGCUGAAGCGGACGGAGCGGAAGGCGACGGCGCGCAGGCGGAGGAGGAGGACGAGGCUGAACCGCCGGCGAAGAAGCGCAAGGCGCCCGCAACGAUAAAGAAGGCCGUGCCGAAGAAGGCGCCCGCCGCGAAGAAGGGUAAGGGCAAGCCGAAGGACAUCCCCGUCGACGACGAGCAGGACGAGCCGGCGGCAAACGGCGAGGGCGGAGAGGCGGACGAGGAGGAGGACGAGGUGGACGAGUACGAUAAGCGCAAGCCGAAGAAGCGCAAAAAGGCGGCUCGCAAGUCCAAAAAGGGCAAGGCGGACGCUUUGCUCUUCGGCUCGGACGAUGAGGACGCAGAGGCUGGUGCGGAGGAGGAGGAAGCAGGCGAGGGCGACGAGGACGGUGCGGAGGGUGAGGAAAACGCGUCGAAGAAGAAGUCGGCGAAGAAGGCCAAAGAGUUUCCGGCCGUCGACCCUGGCGAAACGCUCAUGGCGAUGCUCGCCGACCCCGUCCCGAAGGUCUCUAUCGGCCGCCCUUCUGAGCGCACGCUCUUCUUCGAGCAGCGCGCCAAGGAUCGUAAGAAGGACCGGAUGAAGGCCAAGCGCGAGAAGAUGAAGAAGCGGGCGAAGGGCGGCGAGGCGAGCGGCGACGAGCAGGAGGAUGAGCAGGCUGAGAACGGGGCAGGCGAGGCGGACGAGGAAGGAGAAGCGCAGGAGGGUGAGCGCGAGAAUACGCCGGCCGCAGCGAUAGCCCAGAACAAGGACAAGGGCAAGGAGAAGGAGGCUGCGCCUGCAGCGAACGGCGACGACGACUUCUUCGCCGCGAUGGGCAUGCGUCAAAUGGAGGAAGACGAGGACGAGGGCGCGACUGGGAAUAACGAACAGAUGGAGCGUUCGUCGGUCAACGGCGAUGACGAUGGCGAAGGAAGCGAUGCAGGCGGGUCGCGGAACGGAGACGGAGAGGAGGAAGACGGGUUCGCCGAGAUGCACUACGCUCCGCAAAUGCGCAUCAUCGACGGUCAACUCGUGCUCGACGAGCAGAGUCUCCAGAUCGACCGAGGAGGCGGGGACCAAGAGCAGGGCCCGCGCGAGGUCAUCGAGGAAUCCGCUCGCGACCGGUUCGUCAACAGCAGCACCUACAGCAAGCGCAAGCAGGGCGGCCGCUGGUCCAAGGAGGAGACGGAGCUGUUCUACGACGCCAUCUCACAAUUCUACACCAACUUCGAGAUGAUCUCCCUCCUCUUCCCGCACCGCACCCGUCACGAGAUCCGCCGCAAGUUCAACCGCGAGGACAGGCUCAACCCGAAGCUCGUUACGGCUGCGCUCGACCGCCGCAAGCGUAUCAACAUGGAGGCUAUCGCCGAGAUUACCGGCGUCGACCUUUCGGGACCAGUACCGGAGGACCCGAUGGAGAAGAUCCAGCGCCAGCGCGCCGAAGAGGAAGCUGCAGCUGCCGCUGGUCAUACUGGCGAGCACCACGCCGGCGGCCGGAAGCGCAAGGGCAGGAAGAAGGAGGAGGCGGAGGACGAGGAGCAGCUCGGCGGGAAGAAGAAACGCGGCAAGAAGGGCAAGAACGGUGCCGGCGCCCAGCCGUCCGGUCGCGUGUUCGACGACGACGAAGACGGCGCCGGACAGGAGGACGAGGUCGAUGAGGAGCUGAGAAGGAUCCAGGAGGAGAUGGAGGAGGAAGAGCGGCAGCGCCGCAUCGACGAGAUGGAGGCGGCUGGCCUCGCUUGA